UCUCGCUCGGUACCCCACCUGCUGUCACACAAUGCAAGCGGAAGUAGGCAGGAAGGAGGAGGAGGAGGAGGAGGAGGAGGAGAAGAUGGAAGUGGAGCCCAAGACUGGAGUCUCGUUUCCUGCGAAGCUACCUGAUGGGAAGCAGCUGUGUGCCACCGGGUUAAGGAGAAGGAAACUUCUGGCGUUCGGCAUCAACUUCUACGCCUUCGGAAUGUACGUCCACAUUGAUGCUCGGUUGAAGGAGCUUCUCAAGGCGAAGCUUGGCGAGGCCGCAGAGAAACCCUGUAAGGAACUGUACGAGGCAGUGAUCGACGGCGACGUGGGCAUCGCUGUGAGGCUGGUGAUAGUGUUCAAAGGCCUCACCAUGAGCAUGGUGAGGAAGUCCUUUGAUGAAGGCCUCGUUGGAUCACUGAAGAAGCUCACCGGUGGGCAGAAGAACGAGGAGCUCAUCAAGAAGGUCAUGGCAGCAGCGAAAGAUGGCACUAAACUGCCUCCUGGAUCGGUCAUCGAGAUAACUCGGCUUCCUGGACAAGUGCUGCAGGCCAAGGUGAAAGAUGAGCUGGUGAGCAAGGUGGAGAGUGAGUUGCUGUGCAGAGCUUACUUCCACUUGUAUCUGGGUGAUGAUCCAUUCGACAAGGAGGCUAAAGAGAGAUUUGGAAGAACGCUGGUCUCUUCUCUUUCAGCUCCAUAGGAUAAAAGGAGUACGAGUGGGAAUAAUAAAGGCUGCUUUCGUUUUGCUGCAACAAUGGAGGUUUUCUAUCUAUAUACACAUUUUGCUCAAUGUGUGUGAUAUGUUACGGCAUUCACAUAGACUUGUUAUCUCUUGUA